AAUCACCUGUCAUGGCUUGGUCUGUGUUAGCUGUAAUGAGCCCAGGUGAAACCAGACACAAGGGACUUCUCAGAUCUCAGCCACAGUGUGAGCCUCAGUUGCUGCAGGGCUGCCCUCCCCCUCCCUUUAUUGACUGAUCAGUCAGGUCUGGGCGUAGCAGAGCUGAUCACAAAGUUUCACCCCGGAAGCAACAGGUAAAUUGUACAUUAGACAGAGGGAGAAGACAUGUAAGAAAGCAGAUCCGCUGCAGUUUUCACUACUCUGCCUUUUUCUGCUGAUAAGCCCCAGAGUACAGGAGGGGCCUCCCUGAAUGUGAGAGAGAAGAAUGGCUGUGACACAAGAGGUUGUGCUGAACUUUUUGUUGGAACAGGGAGGGAAGGUGAAGAACUCUGAGCUGCUCAGGAAGUUUAAGCCUGUGGUGGAGUCCCCUGACCCUCAAGAAAAGGCAAAUAACCGUGAGCUCUUCAAAAGGUUUGUCAAUAAUAUAGCAGUGGUCAAGGACGAGGAGGGGAGCAAGGUGGUGGUGCUGAAGAAGAAAUAUAUACAUUUACUGACAGGGUCUGGACAAACAAGGCAUACCCUGGACAAGGAGUUGAAAGAACCCAGUCAGAGUGAGAGACACCUUAAGGAAGCAGAAACUCAGAAUUUACCUGUUUGUAAAAACAACACAGAGGAGGUAGCACCCAUCUCCCAGGAAAGGAGGUCUUCCCUUCAGGAUAUCUCCGAGCCACAGGGAAGCCUCCCAGAGAUAAAAGACACUGCUGUUGGGGACAGUGCACAUGAAAUCGCUGACCAAGCUGAAUUAAGCAAUUUGAAUGAAUUGGCAUAUAUUGCUGAGGAUGAAAAUGAAAGGAGGAGAGAGUCUGUUUUUUCUAUUGUGGCCCGAAUGGAUAAUGCAGGACCAGUGCCAGUUCCUAAAUCGUGGUCUGAUGGUCAGCCCAAGGAAACAGCUCAGAAGCCGUACAUGCUGCCCUUACGGUAUGCCCAGUCUUCAUUUGAUGCUAUAGAAACAGACCAGAAUGAACAUGGUUAUCUACAACCAGCCACUUCUACUACUGUUCCAGAGGCUUCCCUGCCUGACGUAAGCAUGUCUCCAUAUAUGAGCCGAAGGCAACUGGAUGAGGCAGGAUUCAGGUCUGCUCACCUCAAGAAGUCAUCCAAAAUGGUCAAAGUCAGCGAGGAAAACAAAUAUUCAGAUGUGGUUCCCUUGGUGCCCUAUGAACAUAAGUGGCUGGUGAAUGCCACUAAUGGUCGCUGGAAUCACGUUCUCCUUGGUCUCCUGAUGAAUGACAGUGACCUGGCUGACAAAAGAGACUUCAUAUCUGGAUUUACUGCGCUGCAUUGGGCAGCCAAGAGUGGGAACACAGAAAUGGUUAAAUUAUUAUUUGAUUUAAGUGAGCAAGGUGGUAGCAUAAUUAAUGUGAACGUGAGGUCUUUUGGAGGGUAUACACCACUACAUAUAGCUGCCAUCCAUGACCACAAGGAUGUUAUAAUUACACUAAUAACAAGUUACAAAGCAAGCGUUCAUCUUCGAGAUAACAGUGGGAAAAAGCCUUAUCAUUACUUGAAAAAAGACUCUCCAGAGCCGCUCCGGUUUCUUUUGAAGGAUCCAGCCUCCAUAAGCGCAGAACACGCCAUUCCUAUGAAAAGGAACUCUAAGGUUGCUGCUUCCUUAAUAGGACCCACCAGUGCCCUUUUUGGCGUCUUUUCUGAUGACAUCGCUUUUCACGACUUGACAAAAGGCUUCAAAAAGCCUGGAUCACUCAAUAAGUUUUUUACUGCACCCGCUAAUACAAAGAAGAAGCUGAAAACAAGGGACAAAUAUCCAUCCAUCAAUUCCCUUUAUGAAGUGCCAGAGGAAGCUGAGGAGAUUGUGGGAAGACGCAGACCAGCUUCAGAAUUUUUCAGCAACUAGCUGCCUUAGUUUUUUUUUUUUAUUGUGUAUAUGUAUAUAUCUCUCUCUGGGAGAGAUGUAUCAAAGCUUGGAGAGAGAUAAUGUACCAACCAAUCAGUUCCUGAUUGUCCUUUUUCAAACAGAGCCUGUAACAUGCCAGUAGCUGAUUGGAUGGCACUUUAUCCCUCUCCAAGGUUUGAUGCAUGUCCCCCUUUAUCUCUAUCCAGUAGCCAAUACUUUGCACUGAUAUCACAUAACCACAACGGGAAUGAGCUUGUUCACUACUUACAGUGUCUAUUUAUAGCUACUUGUCAGUAUUGUUUACAUGCCACGACCAUUUUUUGUGUUCCCAAAACAAUUGGUUGUAUAAUAGCUUAUGUUUAGUCUGCAAGCAGUACGUUAAAUUUACAUUUUUAAACCUUGUCUGCCCACAAAGGGUCAGGAGAAGAAAGUAUAGUAUUGUGUAUCUUUGCAGCAAUCUUAUCUAGAUACCGCAUGGCUGCUACACUCGGCAAACAUUCAUUAGUGGUGCUUAGUGCUUUGCUGUUCCACAAGGAAAGCUAUCCCUAAAAGUUCUUACACUGAGAGAGGGGCUAUUGUGCCAUUCACAAGUUACAUAUGUUGUCGUUCUUUCUCAUGAAUCAGAAAUGUAUGGCUGUCUACUGUUUACUUUAUCAUUUCUGUGUUACGGAUGGUCAUCAGUGGGUUCACCAACAAUAUGCAAUCGGUUGUUAACCACGAUGGCACAAAACUAUCAUUGGUGAACCAUUGAUGGGUUGCACUUAUGGGUGCCUGUCACUGCUGUAGGGUAGGGGGAGUGACUUAAUGCACCAAGAGGCGCGGGUCUAAGCUCUGUGCCCCUGCACAGAGAAACAAAAAAAUAAAUAGAUGAUGCUUUCUUUAGCAUCAAUGCUGGAGAACCAUUGAUGGCAAAACCAAUGACCAUUGGUGACAAACCAUCAAUUGCCAAUGGCCAUUCCUAUUUAUUGACUCUUAUAUUUCUCACAGUUGAUCACCCUGCUAGAACAGGAAAUAAAAUCGCAAAAAUGAUAGAUAAUAUGCCAAAAGUGUCUUCACAAAGGAGGAUUUGAAUAUAAAAUAUAUAUUUGUUUUUACUCGGUUACGGUGGUUAGUUACUGUCAUGUGGCUGAAAACGUCCUUAUUUUGUUAUGAUAAUCCAGAGUAAAGCAGCACGGACUAAAUACAUUUUGCACAAUGAGAUGCAAUAAAUAGAUUUCAGAAAUGUCCUCUACUUUUCUAAAGUGCUCGGCAUAUCCAGGAGAACCAGAAAUAACUGCAUGUUCUUUUUAUUUUAAGAUAACUUACCUGCUCAACAGGUGGAAUACCAAACCUGAAUUAACUACUGUCAAUUUAGGUAACAACUCCUGACUAUGGGGGAAAUGUAAUAGCCAGCUACUUACAAGCUAUUACAUUUCAAAUGAUAUCCAUAAUAUAAGCCUAAACCCAAACGUAUGAUUCAUUUGUAAAAUAUUCUGAGGGAAAUGUAUCAAAGCUUGGGGAGAGAUAACAUGGCGAGAGAAAAAGUACCACCCAAUCAGCUUCUAACUGUCAUUUUACUGGCUGUGUUUGAAAAAUGGCAUUGGUCGAUACUCUAUCUCUCUCCAAGUUUUGAUACAUCUCCCCCUCUGUGUGAUAAAUUGUUGUCGUGUUUUGUAUUUCUUUUCAUGUGUUGUGUAGUUUGGUUUAAGAAUCACUGAAUCACAUUUUUGUCAAUUUAAAUAUACAUCAUGGGUAUAAAACUAUAUACAGUAUGUUACAUGUGGGUUUUUUUCUACUGGAGAAUUAUGUUUGAUCUGUAUCAGUAUAUCAUACCUCCCAACUGUCCCGAUUUUCGAGGACUGUCCCGCUGUCCUACCCGCGGGCUGCAGUGUCUCGCGGUGAGGGGGGGCAGUUGGGAGUCUCUGUCUCUCGCUGCCCUGCUUAGCAGAGCAGCAGUGAAUAGACGCUGUGCGCAUGCGCACAGCGUCUAUUCACUGGAGUCAGAGGGAGAGGGGGCAUGCCAGCGGCUCACAGAGCGCCAGGGCGCUGGGCAUGCCCCCUCAGUGUCGAAAACGGGGCGUGGCUCGCGACCGCUGUCCUCCCACGAAAGCCACGCAUAGAUGCCGCGUCUAUUCACGGAGACAGAGGGACUGG